CCUCUCACUUUAUGUUAUUUCUUUUUACUUUUUUGCAGUUGGGCAUUGUCCAUUUUGUAUUAAGUUUGGAUCUAUAGUCGAUGAGAUCUUUGUGGGCAUGAAUGAUAAUUUGAGUACUUUCUAUAGUGCUAUUUUGUUUUUAUUGCUAUUCUUGGAAAGAUUUGAUCUUGAAGUAGUUGGUUCUGUUGCCUGGUCUCUUUCACAUAUUUCUCAUCUUUUUGAAUGUUAAGAUUUUGGGGUUUCCUAAAAAACUUCUGCACAAGGGGGACGAGAUUCGUUCUUCAUCAGUUUGCAUCUGGGUCUUAACUACAAAAAGAAUUGUGCGUUUUCUAAGGUGCAGAUCUAAUUCUGAUGGAUUCCACCUUGGAGUUGAAUUGGUGUUUAGUUUGUACUAGUCAAUGGAGGUUACUAUUGGCUGGUUUACACUGAUACAAAAAUAGAGAUAUUGCUUGCAUCAAUGGCUUCAAAGUCCAUCCCGAAAUCCACGUCUCAGCAAAAAUCCAGCAACCAAACAGGUUCUCUCAGGCUUCCACCUUCACAGAUUCCUAAGCUAAACAAAUCAGAGCCCCUGCCAGAAAGAGGAUUAUCGAAUCCCAGCAAUCAAAUCACACCAAAGAAAACUAACACAGAGGCAUUAGAAUCCCCGAAACCAAAUCACAGUCGAAAGGAAUCUGCUGACACUUCAUCUACCUUAUUUGACAUUACUUCUUCAAAGACUACGACUUCUUCAGAACCUACUUCAAAUGAAAAUACGAAACAGUCUUCUGAACAAGAAGAUACAGUGGAAUCACCUCACAUCAAUGGAGACGAAGAACAGAAAAACUCUGAGCAAAGCAGCGUAAAGGAUAGUUCAGUUUCUGCCAAAUUUAGUGAUGGCACUAGCAGCCUGACAAAAACUAGCGGAAGUGCUAAGAUUAGUGAUCGGGCUGAUUUCAAUGAUAGUGGAAAGAGUAGCAUGUGCCGACCCAGUACAAGCAGUGAUAUAAGCGAUGAGAGCUCUUGUAGUAGUUUGAGUAGCAGCGUUAGCAAACCUCAUAAAGGGAAUGACUCGAGAUGGGAAGCAGUUCAAAUGGUUCGAGCUAGAGAUGGGAUUCUAGGUUUGAAUCAUUUCAGGCUUUUAAAGAAGCUGGGUUGUGGUGAUAUUGGUAGUGUAUAUUUGUCAGAGUUGGGUGGAACAAAGUGUUAUUUUGCAAUGAAGGUAAUGGAUAAGGGAUCUUUGGCGAGUAGGAAGAAGUUGCUUAGAGCUCAGACUGAGAGGGAAAUACUGCAAUGCUUGGAUCAUCCAUUUCUUCCAACAUUAUAUACCCACUUUGAGACUGAUAAAUUCUCAUGUUUGGUAAUGGAAUUCUGCCCUGGUGGAGAUUUACAUACUCUUCGGCAAAGGCAGCCUGGGAAGCAUUUUUCGGAACUAGCUGUAAAGUUCUACGUGGCCGAGGUCCUUCUUGCACUUGAAUAUCUACACAUGCUUGGUAUCGUAUACCGAGAUCUCAAGCCAGAGAAUGUUCUCGUGCGUGAAGAUGGACACAUCAUGCUCUCUGAUUUUGACCUCUCACUCCGUUGCACUGUGAGUCCCACCCUCAUCAAAUCCUCCAACCCUGAUUCUGACUCCUUCCGCCGCUCGAACCCAGCUCCAGUCUACUGCAUACAACCAGCCUGCAUUGAGCCUCCAUCUUGUAUAGUCACCCCCACUUGCUUCUCCCCUCGCGGGUUUUUCUCUUCCAAAUCCAAAAAAGCCCAAUCCAAACCUAAGCCCAAAACCAAACCCAAGGCUGAAAUAGGCAACCAAGUCAGCCCGUUACCUGAGCUCAUUGCAGAGCCCACCGAUGCACGCUCCAUGUCCUUUGUUGGCACUCACGAGUACUUAGCACCCGAGAUCAUUAAAGGUGAGGGUCAUGGUAGUGCUGUAGACUGGUGGACCUUUGGUAUUUUUCUGUACGAGCUUUUGUUUGGGAAAACUCCCUUUAAAGGAUCAGGCAAUAGAGCUACAUUGUUUAAUGUAGUUGGGCAGCCAUUGAGGUUUCCCGAGUCGCCGAUGGUGAGCUUUUCAGCUAGAGAUCUUAUCAGAGGGUUACUGGUGAAGGAGCCUCAGCAUCGGUUAGCUUACAAGAGAGGAGCUACUGAGAUAAAGCAGCAUGCCUUCUUUGAAGGAGUUAAUUGGGCUUUGAUACGGUGUGCAAGCCCACCUGAGAUUCCAAAAAUGGUGGAGAUUGAACGAACUCCGGUGGUUGCGUCUUCAAGUGAGAAGGUUGCAGCAGUGGCCGCUGCUGGUGGUGAUCAGAAGAUGCCUGAAAACUAUUUGGAGUUUGAUUUCUUUUAGUACUUCAGUUUCGGGGGGAGACUGUUCAGUUUAAAAUUUGUAUUCAUCAGUGAAUUGAAUGUUUGUAAUAUUUUAUGUUGUUGAUUUGAAGAUGUUUUUUUUCCUCUUC